AUGGAGGAGAAUGCGACGAUUCCCUAUGUCCUGAGCAUCGGCACGCUGCCGACAACCACGGCGCAACUUUUCGCCUACAUUUCAGCCUUGGUGAUCGCCGGAGUGAUCGAGUACGUCUUGCAAGUGCUACCAAAAUGCCACCGUUUUAUCGCCGCCCGUGCCAAGGAGGUCCGCAGCACAGCAGAAGAAAUAUGGCAACCACCCCGUAGCAUCCGCAAGGCCGUGUGGUGCCUCAUGAGGCUCAUGCGCCGCUGGGAGGUAUUCACGGUGCCAGGCAUCACCUCCGUACUGCUAUACAUGUGCACUGUCGCGAGUCUUAUUCACCUGUAUAUGUUUCACCAAAAUCCUGAUAAUAUACAACUCUGGACCUACCAGGAGACGCAUUUCGACCUCACGUCGAUGGGGCCCUCGCUUGUCUCCCCUGUGCACGACCCGCGCUCCUUGAGCCCGUACGGGCCGCGGUCGGACCGCACGCUGGCGCACUUCUGCGGCCGGCCCACGGCCAGCAGCUACGACGGCUACACCGGCGCGCCGCACGCGGCGUACAUGCACCACGACGUGGAGCGCGACCGCUACGUGGUGCGCACCUUCGGCCGCGGCGGCAUGCGCGUGGACGAGCGGCGGCGCAGCGGCGUGGGCCGUAGCACCUACGAGGCCUUUUGCGCCGCGCCGCGGAGCGUGCAGCGCGGCACGCCGCUGGCGCCGUCGCCGUGGCUCGACGGCGAGACCAACUGGCAGCUCGGCGACGCUGCGCCGCGGCACGCCGUCAACGGCGCGUUCAACUUCACUGUGCGGCCUCUCGCCGUGCCGCACGCAGCCGCAGCUGCAGCAGCCGCCGGUGCCACCGCCAGCAGAAGUGGCAACGCCGACGCGGACUUCACCAAGGCGGACCAGGGGCUGCGCACGCACUACCGCCGCUACACGCGCGACGAGCUGCUGCAGCGUCACGCACACCUCGACUUCAUCUACUCCUACGUCAAUGGCAGCGACAUCACGCGCAGCUACACGAAGCCGUUUGCGAAGACGUGGGAGUGCUGGAACAUGAUCGCAUCGGUGCAGCUGCUGUGGGGCGAGAUGCAGCACGCGGCCGACACGGACACGGAGGCGCCGCACAUCGCCGAGGACGCCUUCAGCCGCUACAUCGCCGAGCUGCUGUUCGUGUCGGCGUCGAGCCCGUGCGCCAUGUCGGAGCUGCUAGCGGACGUGGGCACCGGCAAGGACGCGAUGAAGCGCGUGGAGGCGUCGCUGUGGUGGGCCGCCACGCACCCGAACGGACCCCGCAGCGUCGGGGACGCACCACUGCCGCCGCCGGAGAUGACGCUGACGAACAUGGAGCUGCUGCGCGCGCUGGGUGCGGACCUGGAGAGCGCGAAGCCGGACGACAUCGACGCAGACUGCGACGAGCUGCGCCACGGCAUGCGCGGGCUGCUGGAACACACGCGCAGCUGGCACCGUGGCCGCAUGGCUGUCGUGGCGCCGUACGGCAACGUGCCGCUGUGGCUGAACCACAGCAAGAACUUCUUCAUGCGCUCCCUCUACGCCGCUGCCACGGCGACCGCGGCGCGCGCUGAGGCAUCGUGCGAUGCUGCUGACGGCGACGAUUCGAGGGUGCUCGGCACGGCCGAGGCGCGUUUCGUGAAGGAGGCGCACACCGGCACGCUGCACUACACGCGCAUCCACAUUGUGGACCAGCGCGCGCUGAUGCCGCCCGCGCCGCUGACGACCGUCAACAGCUACGUCGUCGAGCCCUUCGUGUACCGGCUGCGCAACGCGUCCUCCGUCUUCAUCUACAUGAACGACGACUACCUCAUCAUGAAGGACGUCGACAUCACCGACUUCGUGAACGAGUUUGGUGGACCGCUGCUGCGUGUGCGAAAGUCAGACUCGAUGGAGUACUUCGAGUCCAAUCGCGACUACUUUCGCCGAGGUCUCGUGUUCAACACGAUGCUCAUGCACCGUGACCUGGACAAGAUACCCGCGGACCUGGAGGAGCUUGUGCAGCCGGCUGCUGCUGCCACCGCCCUGACGUCGGUGGAGGGCGAGGCAGCCGUGGUGCGGCGUGGCGUCGUGCGUGCGUCGUGGGCCGCUUUCGCCGCUGCCGUGGACGCGCGCAGCAGCGUGGCGACGCCGAGAGGCGGCGCGAGGGCCACAAGCACGGCGUGCGCGAGCAACAGCAGCGCUGCUGUGUGCGCGUGGGCGGAGUGCGCGUGGGGCACCGCUGAAGGAACGCUGACGCGCGAUACGUGUGCGAUGCCGCGUGUGUCGACGCAGGGCGAGCCGGCGUGGGCCGCGGAUGCAGCGGGCACCUUUGCGCUGGUGCCUCCGUCGUCUACGACGCCGGGCAGCAGCGAGUGGACGUGGGCAGGCAAGGCGCAGAUGCCGGCGCUCGUGCACUGGGGUCGCCGCGUGCUGGACCGCGUGACAGCAGACCUCAUCGCUCCGCGCUACUACCUCGAAACAACAACGAUUGUGUUGUCAGACGACGAUACCGAGCAGUUUCCCCCGCGAGCCGCCUUGUCCAGUGUUGCAGAGCAUCUGCACUUGCUCAUCGAGGUCUUGACGCAUGUCCGACGAGACAGCGAGGAAGUCGCCGAUACAAAGAGCUCGUCGAUGCAACUCCUCCGCAGGCUCACGCAGGCCGUUGCCAAUCACGAGUUCCCGACGCACCGCGUGUUCAAGACGCAGCCGCGCCUGCGCAAGUACCGCAUGCGGCUCGACAGCCACGCGCCCUACCCACAGUGCCGCAACAUGUGGGGCUACAUCCACAAGCGCUACGCACCGGACCUCAACCUGAACAUGUUCAUGGAGCGCAAACGCACCACGAUGGACCUGCUGCCGCCAUCGACGCACACGGCGCACAUGCUGCGGCACCCGUGGGCCGCGUCGAGUCAGUACCUGCCAUACCUGAUGGCGAAGCAGGCGUGGCGCAUGCAGCGCGGUGCCGGGCUGUCGCCGCUGGGCAACGACACGCCGGUGUUCCCGGUGGCGGACGUGGCGCUGGACAACGAGGACGGCUGCGCGCCGGCCACUUACAUUACGGAGGCAGAGGAAUCAGCGAGGUACCACGAGUUCCGUGACGACCUGCUCUGGAAUCGGCGGACAAUGAAAAAAAUUCGUAGCUACCAGGGGGUCAAGCCGUUCACGAACAUCAACUCGAAGUUCUCGAGCAACGCGGUCGGCGAAACGCUCCGCAACUUCCUGGAGGAGCUCUUUCCGACCCCCAUGCUGCUGGAGCAACACUGGCGCAGCACCUCGGGGGACGAGGGCGGCACGGACGAGCUGCGGGUAUCGCGGCAGAUUGAUGGGGAGAGCGGUGCGCGCGACCUGCAGUUUGCGCAUUUGGACGUCAACUUCAAGCGCCUGAUGCACGUGCCGCUGAUCCUUGUGAGCAACGACGAGGAGGGCUUCUGCCCGCUGCUGCGCAGCUUGCGGCAUGCGUUGCCGAACUUCCGCGGGCGGCGCGUGGUGCAGGUGCUGGUGCCGCCGGCGGACGGCGUGUCGCUGCGCGCGGCGCGUGCGGACCGGCGACACGGCUACCGCGACUUCCUGCCGGUGGCUCGCUGCAGCCUGCCGGCUGACCGGCUUCGCCGCGUGACGCUGCCGGCGGACAGCGGCGUGGCGGACGUGGUGGUGGCAGGGCUGCGGCUGGCGCGCGAGGACGUGGCGGUGGAGCAGUGGGAGGCGCCGGCGCUGGUGGAGCUGCGAGGGCGGCGCGUGGCGCUGCGCGCGGUGCAGGCGCUGGUGAUCGAUGCGCGCACGCUGCACACCGGUGCACGCGGCUUCACGGAGCUGCCGCUCGCGCUGGCCGUGCCGGCCGAGCUGCUGGCGCACGAAGACUUCGCGGAGCACCUGCUGGACGCCGCCGCGCAGUCGCUGGUGCGGUCGCCCACAGCAGCGGAGGCGGCCGCGGUCGCCGCGGUGGUGCCGAUGGAGGAGGCCGCCUCUGCGGGGGACUUCGCUGCGAGCGUGCUGGUGCUGUCGGAGGCGGAUGCGGAGGUGCGUCACACGCACUGGGCCCACGGCGCCUCCGAGCACGACCUGCUGAGCGGGACGCCGCUGCCGUAUGACAAGAUGGAGGACAUGAAGGAGAUGGUGCAGUGGGGCUUCUGA